UCACUUUCGUAUCCAUCGCACAGUGUAUUUUUUGAUGGAUGCAAAAUUUUGGUACGACUCCUCGCACCAGUUUAUCGUUUUUUGCAUUAAAAAAUUUUCGGAUUGAAAGUUCAUUUACGACGGUCAUGUCUAACGAACACAACAAUAACAAAAGUUUCGAUCCGUCAAUGAAAGACGAUGAAUUUGAAUGUGAUAGCCGACCAAAUGAGUCGGCUGAAAGUGGUGCUUCUACAGGUGAAAUCAGCAGCAGCAGUAACAAUAACGAUGGCACAACAGAGCAAACCCGACGGGAAGAGAACCUAUUUUCGUUAAAACAUUUCUUAAAGCAAGACGUAACCAGCGAGCAACAUAAUCAAAUGUCCGGUGUCCGGCCAAAAAUCCCAUCCAACUCGAGUGCCAGUGAAAAAAUCCGCAUCAAACGUUCACCGCGAUUCUCAUCGUUCGAUUCUCAAGCAAGUCUGGCGUCGGCUUUGCCCCAAUCGUCGGAUGUCACAAACAUGGGACCGCAUCCGCUCCAAUCGAAUCGUUCGUUCAACAAUAUGAACACCGAUGCGGAUACGCAAGCACAGAAAAGUACACCCAUUCAGCGUUCCUGUUCUGCGUACGAUCAACGGCCUAUAUCAUUUCUGGACGCUGACAAAAAUGACAUGUUGACCGACGCUUUUCGGGAUCUGUAUCCCAAUUUGAUGAAAAAUCUCAAUCCCGAUAAUCCGUCUGCAUUGCCCGACUUUGUGCAAGAUCAUCUGCUGAUGGAGAAAUUUUACUACAAAGACAACAGUGAUCGAUCGCCCAUAGUUUCACCGCUAUCGUCCAGCUACCAUCAAUACGAUCAUCAGCUGCCGGAUUUUACGUUAAACGAAAAUGAGUGUGGCCGUAACUAUUCAACCAACGGUGACAUGCCGUUCGAUCUGAUGUGCAAUUCGAAUGAAUCGAAUCGCAACGCGUCGAAUCGCAACCCGUUGAUAUUACCGUUAGAUUUACCGAUUGAUCUUCCCAUCAAUGCCGGACACAAUCGAUCACAGUCACAUCCAAUGCAUAACAAUUAUCAAUUAGACUUAACGGCCAGAACAGACGGAUAUCCACCGGUCAAUGACCAUUUGAGCAAUAGUAGAAAUUCGCAGAGCGGCGGUGGUGAUAGUUUUCAAACGCUUCCGGAUUUUUUGUCCGACGGUCAUGUGCAUUCAACGGUAAGGCAACCGGAUUUGCAGGAAGUACAGGAAACAUCACCGGAAUCGGAGUUAUCGAAUGACUUUAUGCCGCGAACCAGAUCGGAAAUGAGAUCCGAAAAUAACAGAUUAAGACGUGAAUUGAAAAACCGAAAUCAAAUAAUUCAGGAACAAGCUCGGACCAUAGCUGAUUUGGAGUCGUCAAUAGCUGCUCUAAGGCAUAACGAACAUGUUACUCGAAAUGCGGACGAUGCUGCUGAGAGUAUAAAUCGAAGUGAUCAAAGAGCUGCAGCCGCACAAAAUUCCGCCGACGAAUACAAAAAACUUGUGAUGAAGCUAACGGUUCAAGUGGACGAACUUCGUCGUGAAAAUGAAAUUUUGAAAGAGGAAGGUGCCGUUGGUGGAUCGAGUAGUCACACAUAUAACACAAGGCCUAUACCCCAGUCACAACAGCUUGCUAAAGAGUUAAUGAUAGCCGCAUCCACAGCCGAAACCAAUUUACGACAAUUACUGAAUGGCGUAGAAAAUCUGAGAUUAAUGGCCCGAAAGAUAGACACGAUAGACGACGGUGGUUUGCCCAGAAACGAUUACUCUGAUUGUGAAGAUGAUGAUUUUGCCGGGCCGGCUUUAUAGUCAAACUAAAUUAUUGGUCAACGUGUUCUUCUCUUUUUUUGUACUAUUUUUGAAUGGCCUUGGAUCUUCAAACACACAAAUAAAAAACUUUUGUGGUUAAAAUUG